UCCUCUGUAGCUGUGGACUUAUGUUGUACAGUGAGCUGGAUGCCCAUCCAGUAGAUGGAAAUGUGCCAAUAAAAACCAGUUUGAAGUAAAAGGACACUUGUAUUGAGUUUCACAAGCUUCUAUAUAUAAAGCUGUGAGUUCAAUUUUGCCACUGCUUUUGUAAAGGCAUUUAAGAUCGAAAUCUUUUCCACAACAGUAACAAAGAUGGGGGGUGGGGGUGGGGGGGGGAGGCAGAGCCACACAUAAAAAAAAACAGCAAUGAAGUAGAAGCACCGUCUCCCAAAAGAUCUCUGCACAGUGACAGCUGGUUCCAGAACCUGCAUUUCACUGGAGGGGAAAAUGCAGCAUCCCCAUUUUGUCUGCGCUAAUGAGCGGCAUGUAACGACCAGCAAAGACAGUGGGGAUGACGAGGCAGAACCCCAGGUCUGCUCUAGAAUGAACAGUCCAACAGAAGAACACAUUGGCCCCUCUCCCCGGCCCGGACUCUCAGAGAGGCAGUGCAUGGUGUGGGCCUGCGGGGUCUAUAAGAGAAGGCCCUCCCAGACAGACCGCAGGAGGGCUGCCACACUGAGGGAGAGGAAGAGGCUGAAAAGGGUCAACGAGGCUUUCGAAGCUCUGAAGCAAAAGACGGUGCCAAACCCCAAACGGAGGCUGUCCAAGGUGGAGAUUCUUCGCCACGCCAUACAGCACAUAAUGAGGCUACAGUCUCUCCUGGGAGCUGCGAGGGAACAGGGAGCUGUGCCCGGCAGCAGAAUAGCCACCUGCCACUGCGGCCCUCAAGAGCCUGAGUGCUGUGCUGACCAGUCCCACCACCACAGUGUUCCAUACUAGAGUCAAGACAAGACGCUACAUCUGCUCACUCUGAGGACAAAGACAAGGACUGGCCGUCCUCCAGUGUGUUAUCCACAGAGGAAAGCAGGAAGACGGGGGGAAGGCUCUGGACAAGUGGCACGUGGCAAAAGAGC